AUGAAGUACGACCGCAAGCUGCUUCUCCAGUCCAGCACGCUAUACCAGCUAAUCGUGUACGGCAAUGUAGUACUGUACUCCAUUUGCUGGAUGGCCCAGGUGCCCGUUCUUCCGUACCUCGUGGAGAGACUGGGCGUUGCCGGCAGCAGUGCGCAGUACGGCACGCUGCAGACGAUUUUCUCAGCCGUACAAUUCGUUGGUGGCUUGAUAUCUGGUCCACUGAUGGACAGGUACGGCGGCCGGUUCCUGUUUGCCGUAUCUUUCGCCGCCAGCGUGGCGUCGUACGGCCUCACCGCCAUGGCGUCAUCCAUGUGGGUGCUGUACAUCUCCCGCAUCCCAACCGUACUGCAGCAUGCCGUACUUGCCUCCCGAGCAAUCGUGACGCAGCUGUCGUCCGAGGCAAACCGUGCCCGUGUGCUGGGUUACGUGGCCGUGUCCUACAGCGUGGGCUUCAUGGUGGGCCCUGCCGUGGGCGGGCUGCUGAGCGCCGUGUCUCUGCAGUUUGCUGCCUGGGUAGCGACCCUUGGGUCUGCACUUAGCCUGGCCCUGGUGCUGCUGCUGCUCCCAGACCUCCCAGCGCACGCAAGUGAGGACAACCACCACAACCAUCACAACCACCGCAACCACCAAGGAGACCGACAUGAGCUGCAGCAGCAGCCGCACCACCACACUGAGAUCGGGCAGGAGGGGCAGCGGACCCACCGGCAUCGCACCAGUGACUGCGGCCACGACGCUGACCAAGGUGGUGGUAGUGGCUAUUCCGCCAAGGCACGAGGGGGGCAGGCGGCCUCUCCCCCCCUUGCCGGGGACCUAGCCGACGAGGACGGCCCUGGUGGCGGGCCCCCGAGGGUGCGGGGCGGGGCGCGGCAGAUGCUGAUGCAAUUCGUGGAGGUGAGUCCGAAGGAGGUGGUUCGUAUGCCGGGCGUCAUGGACCUGCUGGCUGGCAAGCUGCUCGUGGGGCUCGGGUCCGCCGUAUUCCAGUCUAUGUUUCCGGUACUGCUGAAGCGCCGGUACGGACUGGAUCCACGUACGAACGGCAUGGUCAUGUCGUACGUUGGUGCGUUGCUGCUUGGAGGUCAGGCGCUCCUGGUAGGCCCCGUCAUAUCGGCGGUUGGUGAAGCCGUGACCGAGUACGGCUGCGUCGCGGCGCUGGUGGCGACGUACGGGGCUCUGGCAGCGGCGGGGGCCCUAUGGCAGCUGUUGCUGCUGCUGGUGCCGUUGAGCGUGGCGGGCAUGCUGUACAACAACGCCAGCACGUCGCGUCUGACAAAGGCCACUCUUCCCCAGCAGCGCGGUACCGCUCUGGCCCUGGACAUGUCCCUGAGCAGCGGUGUCCGCAUGCUGAGCCCCGCACUGGGGGCCGCAGCAGUCGACCGCUUCGGCCACCGGGCCCAGCAGCAGCAGCAACAGCGAGUAUGUCUCUGGAGGUCCCUGAACCCGGCAAUGGUCAUGCUGUUGAUGUUGGUGUUGGUGUUGGUGGUCGGGGCAAAAGAGGGCGAAAGGCAGGUGGAUGGUUUCGGAGUGGGUUCGGAGGGCGAGGAGCGAAAAGUUGUCAUGGGUCCGGGUAGUGGGGGUGGUCCGGGUGGUAGGGGUAGUCACCCCAAUGACCUGGAGCAGCAUUACUUGCCGUCUGGGAGUGCCGGCCUCAUGCCCGCAUCCUAA